UUAAACCAAGAACGGACUGGGAUCCAGGGAAGAAGACAGAACGGGAAGAAGAAGCUCAGAGGAACCGAAACAACCUGCGAGAGUGAAAAAGAUACCAAUAGCAACCGUAAAAGUCACGGUUAUCCACCUUAAUUUUUGUCGGUAAAGGAUAGUGCUAUGACAAUGAACCAGUGCGUGCACGGGAUGAUCUAUCUGGCGGUUCUGGUGGCGUUUGCCGCCUGUGACACCCCUCCGGUACCGUUAGAUGACAUCGUGAUUGAGAAAACGUUCGUGCCGGAGCAGUGCGGGCGCGCUGUGAAAGUAGGAGACUACGUCCGUUACCACUAUAACGGCAUGUUCCCCGACGGAAAGAAGUUUGACUCCAGCUAUGACCGCGGUAGCACCUACAAUGUUUAUGUGGGUAAGAAGCAGCUGAUUGAAGGGAUGGACAGAGCUCUGGUAGGGAUGUGUGUCAACGAGAGACGCCUGGUCACCAUCCCCCCACAACUGGCCUAUGGGAAGGAAGGAUAUGGUGAUGUCAUCCCUUCAGACGCAAUCCUCAAUUUUGACGUUCUGUUGUUGGACGUGUGGAACCCUGAUGACGGGGUUCAGAGUGAGACGUACUUCACCCCUGAGAACUGCUCUAGGAAGGUGGAGGUGUCAGACUACGUACGAUACCACUACAACGGAACACUGCUGGACGGAACACUGUUCGACUCCAGCCACACCCGUUUGCGUACCUACGACACCUAUGUGGGGAUUGGCUGGCUGAUCGCUGGCAUGGACCAGGGCCUUCUGGGCAUGUGUGUUGGGGAGAGACGCAUCAUCACCAUGCCCCCUUCGCUAGGAUACGGAUCAAACGGAGAUGGUAGUGAUAUCCCAGGCCAGGCUUCCCUGGUGUUUGAUGUAGUCCUCUUGGACCUCCAUAACCCUAAAGACGGCGUCACUAUAACCAACCAGGACAUACCUCAACCCUGCCUCAGGAAGAGUAUAUCUGGGGACUUCAUCAGAUACCACUACAAUGGAUCACUACUGGACGGGACCUUCUUCGACUCCAGUUACUCUCGUAACCGUACCUAUGACACGUACGUGGGUAAGGGCUCUUUGAUUGGUGGGAUGGACGAGGGCCUGAUCGGAGUCUGCAUCGGAGAGAGAAGACGCAUCACCAUCCCACCUCACCUCGGAUACGGAGAGGAGGGUACAGGUACUAAGAUCCCAGGUUCUGCUGUCUUGGUGUUUGAUAUCCACAUCAUAGACUUCCACAACCCAUCAGACACAGUGGUGAUCAUCACCAACUAUAAACCAGAGGUGUGUGAGACUCUGGCUAAGAAAGGAGACUUUGUUAAAUACCACUACAACGCUUCACUAAUGGAUGGAUCCUUCAUCGACUCCACGUAUAACUAUGGGAAGACGUAUAACAUUGUGCUGGGAGCCAACCAGGUGGUUCCUGGGAUGGAGGAAGGGCUGAAGGAGAUGUGUGUUGGAGAGAGAAGACACCUGGUCAUACCUCCUCACCUGGGCUACGGAGAGAGGGGAGUGGAUGGUGAGGUGCCAGCCAGUGCUGUGCUGGUCUUCGACAUCGAGAUGAUCGAGAUGGAGGCGGGCCUCCCUGACGGGUACAUGUUCAUCUGGAACGAGGAGGUAUCAGCUGACCUCUUCACCGAGAUGGACGCAGACAAGGACCUACAGGUGUUGGCCUCAGAGUUCUCAGACUAUAUCCUGCGUCAGGUGAACGAGGGUAAAGGUCGCCUUGCCCCUGGGUUUAACGCAAAUCUCAUCAUCGAGAACAUGUUCUCCAACCAGGACCGUAAUGGAGACGGAAAGAUCACUGAGGAGGAGUUCAAACUGAAGGCCGACGAGACACCACACGACGAGCUAUAAGAGAGAUGAGACCCCACACGACGAGCUAUAAGACACACAAGAGCUACAAGACAGACUAGACCCCACAAGACGAGCUAUAAGAGAGAGCUAUAAGACACGACGAGCUAUAAGAGAGAUGAGACCCCACACGACGAGCUAUAAGAGAGAUGAGACCCCACACGACGAGCUAUAAGAGAGAUGAGACCCCACACGACCAGCUAUAAGAGAGACGAGACCGCACACGAUGAGCUAUAAGACAGACUAGACCCCACACGACCAGCUAUAAGACAGACUAGACCCCACACGACCAGCUAUAAGACAGACCCCACACGAUGAGCUAUAAGACAGACCAGACCCCACACGACGAGCUAUAAGACAGACUAGACCCCACACGACGAGCUAUAAGACAGACCAGACCCCACACGACGAGCUAUAAGACAGACCAGACCCCACACGACGAGCUAUAAGACAGACCAGACCCCACACGACGAGCUAUAAGACAGACCAGACCCCACACGACGAGCUAUAAGACAGACCAGACCCCACACGACGAGCUAUAAGACAGACUAGACCCCACACGACGAGCUAUAAGACAGAUCAGACCCCACACGACGAGCUAUAAGACAGACCAGACCCCACACGACGAGCUAUAAGACAGACUAGACCCCACACGACCAGCUAUAAGACAGACCCCACACGACCAGCUAUAAGACAGACCAGACCCCACACGACGAGCUAUAAGACAGACCCCACACGACGAGCUAUAAGACAGACUAGACCCCACACGACGAGCUAUAAGACAGACUAGACCCCACACGAUGAGCUAUAAGACAGACCAGACCCCACACGACGAGCUAUAAGACAGACCCCACACGACGAGCUAUAAGACAGACUAGACCCCACACGACGAGCUAUAAGACAGACUAGACCCCACACGACGAGCUAUAAGACAGACUAGACCCCACACGACCAGCUAUAAGACAGACCAGACCCCACACGACGAGCUAUAAGACAGACUAGACCCCACACGACGAGCUAUAAGACAGACUAGACCCCACACGACGAGCUAUAAGAGAGACUAGACCCCACACGACCAGCUAUAAGACAGACCAGACCCCACACGACGAGCUAUAAGACAGACUAGACCCCACACGACCAGCUAUAAGACAGACCCCACACGACCAGCUAUAAGACAGACUAGACCCCACACGACCAGCUAUAAGACAGACCAGACCCCACACGACGAGCUAUAAGACAGACUAGACCCCACACGACCAGCUAUAAGACAGACUAGACCCCACACGACCAGCUAUAAGAGAGACUAGACCCCACACGACGAGCUAUAAGACAGACUAGACCCCACACGACCAGCUAUAAGACAGACUAGACCCCACACGACGAGCUAUAAGACAGACCAGACCCCACACGACGAGCUAUAAGACAGACUAGACCCCACACGACCAGCUAUAAGACAGACUAGACCCCACACGACCAGCUAUAAGAGAGACUAGACCCCACACGACGAGCUAUAAGAGAGACGAGACCCCACACGACGAGCUAUAAGAGAGGGACAGGGUUUAUGAGGGGGCUUAUAUGGUGACCGUAUAAGACAAAGAGGGUGUGUGUGUUUGUGCUUUUGUGAAUGUGUGUGGGUGUGUGUAUCAGACCUGGUUUCAAAUACUAUUACAAAUAUCUCAAUUACUUUCACAUACACAUACACAUACUUUCACAUACACAUACUUUCACAUACACAUACUUUCACAUACACAUACUUUCACAUACACAUACUUUCACAUACACAUACUUUCACAUACACAUACUUUCACAUACACAUACUUUCACAUACACAUACUUUCACAUACACAUACUUUCACAUACACAUACUUUCACAUACACAUACUUUCGAAGUAAGUAUUCAGAUAUAUUUUAUUUGAAAAGACAAGUAGUUGAAUAUUUUAUUGUAUUUGGAAAUAAACUUGGAAAGUAUUUGAAAAUACUCAAAUCUACUUCCUCAAAUACACUCCCAUGCAUUUAACUCAAAUACACUCCCAUGCAUUUAACUCAAAUACAAUUUGGUAAACUAUUUUCUUUUUUACAAAUAACUAUUAAAAUACUCAAAUAAAAGUACUUGUUUUGGGCUGUUGUAUUAGAAAAUACUCAAAUAUUCAGAAAAAGUAUUUUAAAUACCAGAUACUCAUGUAUUUGAACACAGGUCUGUGUGUGUGUGUGUGUGUGUGUGUGUGUGUGUGUGUGUGUGUGUGUGUGUGUGUGUGUGUGUGUGUGUGUGUGUGUGUGUGUGUGUGUGUGUGUGUGUGUGUGUGUGUGUGCGGAGGGUGGCGGGGGGGGAGCUGAUACAGGGUCAGAUGUUAUAGAGAAAACCAGAGAGAGAGAGAGGCAAGUUUUGUUCUGAGUAAUGGGUUGAGUAACAAACAUCACUAUACUAACCUUCGACCUGUCCAGUCUUCUGUGAGCUGAGUAGUCUGGUGUCGGCAGGAGGGGAGGAAUGAGAGAGGACAGUGAGGAAAGCAGGAGGGGAGGAAUGAGAGAGGACAGUGAGGAAAGCAGGAGGGGAGGAAUGAGAGAGGACAGUGAGGAAAGCAGGAGGGGAGGAAUGAGA